AUGGCAGCCACCGCCCCAGCUUCCGCCGUCGUCGUGACGGGUAUCAGCAGCACAACAGCAAAGAAGCAGAUCGAUGACUUUUUCAGCUUCUGUGGUUCCAUCACGAACCUCGAGCUCACCGACGAUGGUGCCACCCAUCAGAAGGCGCUCAUCUCGUUCGCCAAGCCUAGUGCUGCCAGCACCGCCGUGAUGCUCCACGGAAGCUCGCUCGAUGGCGCUCACCUGUCUGUUUCGCUCGCCGCCGAUGCCUCUGCUGCAGCCUCUGCUGCUGCUGGUGCCGCUUCAACUACCCUCCACCACGAUGACGCACAACCUGUUGGUCAGGAGGACAAGCCGAGGACCGCCAUCGUUGCCGAGUAUCUCGCCCACGGCUACAUCAUCUCGGACGAGAUCACAAAGCGCGCCAUCGAGCUCGAUAGCAAGCACGGCCUCUCCACCAACUUCAAGCGCUACCUCUCCCAACUCGACCGAUCGUUGGGCGAACAGCUCGAAAAGGCUGCUCCUUCCGCUUCUACCGCUUCCACCUCCAGCACCGAGCACACGCCCAGCGGUCCUGCCGCCCUCUCUUCUGCCACCGAAAAGGUUGCAGCAGCCAUGCCCGUCCCCGGCGACAACGCUAGUGUCGAGGGUCCCAAGACCACCACCACCGUCCCCGAUCCGUCCACUGCCGUCCAGGACCCGUCCUUCGCUCGAAACAUCCAGCAACGAGCGCAGGCCGUUCUCGACAAGCCCCAGGUCAAGUCCAAGACUGACCUCGUCUGGACCAAGCUUAGCGACUACUACAACGCCUUUGCCAACCAUCCAAAGAUCCACGACUUUUACUCCAAGACCUCCAAGACCGUCACCGACGUUCACGAAGAGGCUAAACGAAUCUCGGACAAGAGGAAGCAAGGCGGUGCUACCGGCGCCGCUGGCACCUCGGCUCCUGUGCCUUCCACCGGUGCAACCCAAAUGAGCGUCUCCUGGCUCCUCCUCGGCCUGGUCCUCCUCUCUUCCCUUUCGCUCAACGGUGUCGCCGCUCACGAGCACGACGCCGUCUCCAACGAGCCCGCAGAGAUCGCCGGUUUCAAGCCCACCGAUAUCGAGCACGAGAGCUACAUCCAGAGGCACAUGCGCACCGAGCACCACAUCAACGCCUUCAACCUCGGAAGCGCCUUUGCGCUCCACGACCUCGACCGCAACGGUGUCCUGGACCGCUCCGAGAUCGAGGCCAUCUACGGCGUUCACCACUCCGAGUCCAAGAAGCACUCGGCAAACCACGAGGUCCACGACGAGAAAGCCGACAAGAUUGUCAGCGCUGUCCUUAUCGCCAUGGAUACCAACGGCGACGACCUCAUCACCAAGAAGGAGUUCAUCGACGCCGGCCCCAACGGUUUGCCCCUCUUUCCAGAGUUCAACAUCGGCAGCCUCGGUCACCACUACGACGAGGAGUCCGAGUUCUUUGUCCACCACGAGGAGCUCUACCACAACACCCCCGAGACCCAGACCGACGACGCCUACAACCACAAGGAAGACCUCGAGCACUUUGCCCAUCACGAAAAGAUCGAGAAGGAGGAGGAGCAACGCGAACGUAAGGCCGAGGGUCUACCUUCCAUCGAGGAUGAGCAGCGUCUUAGGAAGGAGGCUGCUGCAAGGGGUGAGAAGUACGUCUCGCCCUACGACCAGCAGCUCUCGCCUGAAGAGCAGAAGAAGGCGCAGCAGCAGCAUGACGAGGCACAGCUCGGCAACGCUGUCCGCGAAGCCGAGGCGUCCCAGCAUGUGUUCCGCACACCCACGGGCAGACACGUCGUCAAGGAAGAGCAGAUGGUCUUCCAGGACGUAGAGGUGGACAGCGCCGGCCGUCCCGCUCAUCCUCCUGCCUCCGACAACGGAUCCGCCAAGUCCGCUCCAACCGACAAGGCCACCGAGGAGCGUCUGCCUCAUGGCGUAGCUGACCGCGUUCCCGGCGAGACCGAGGAAGGUCGACGACAGCGUCUCGCGGCUGCCAAGUUGGAAGCGGCGAAAAGACCCUCGUACGGUCAGGGCGACAAGGGCUUCGCGUAUCCCAAGGAUGACAGCGACCGCAUGCGCAAAGGGGCGCCCUAUAAGGUGAGUACUUUCUCUUCGGAGCGCAUCGAGACUGAAAUUCCGCGCCGGCCAUACCAAUGA